AUGGCUGAGAAUACGCAGAAUGAUGUCGACGCGGAAGUGCCGCGGAUUCUCGCAGUUAACAUCAGCUGCGCCGUCGGCCAGCUAGCUGACUACGGCAAAGACCUCUGGUAUGCCAUCGAGCUUGACUUGGACCAUGAUAUCUUUACGAAGGACGUCGCGCCUUCGCCCAGCUUUCUCGAAAUUCCUGUUGUGGUACACCGGGUUGGAACAUUUCUCGUUUGAACAGUGGCAUCUUGACAAUCAGCCUGUCACAUGGAUGAUAUUGAUCCCGAGUUCGGGUUUGCGCCAUUGGGGUGGUAACUGAGCGUCGGGACUGUGGUUGCUGCACGCAAGGACAAAAAGCCCUUCCUCGUUCAGCAUUUGGAGUGCCUGCAUCAGUACGACAGCGCAAUCCUGGAUCGCUUUGGCGACGGAGAGGGUCCCCCGAAAGACAUGUACAGUCGGCAGGCAUUUGAGAGAUUCUGGAACGAGUACAAGGCCGAAAGAGCGGAUGAUUCGACUUGGAGGGAUGUCAAGUCACCUUAUGAGGUUUGAGGCUCAUAGUUGACCCCGUGGUUCUUGCUGGGAGAAUCUCAAGGGAAACAAGGCAACAAUCGUAGAUAUGUAUCUAUCAAUCAAUCUACAGAACAACACCCGUCACUUCAAAAGUCUGGACCAGCUUCUUUUCAAAUCUUGACCAGAACUUCUUCCCACUAAGCCGAGUAUCACUGUACUCAACAUAACGACUGCCACUCCCAAUCUGUGUCGCCCACCUCUUGACCACCGAUCCAUCCGACCCAACGGCUCCAAACAUCCCCAGAUCAAAAUUGAUAUACUGGGCCUCCCCCCAGUUAACAGCCACAAUCACCAGCUUCCUCGCCUUCUCAUCAUAAGCCGCAACAGCGUAAUCACUCCCCCCAUCCAAAAUCCUCAUCCCCGGCCUGAUAUGCCUCGCAAACUGCGCGAGAACAAAAUACUUUUGGUUCACCUGCCCGAUCGUCUUCCUGUCAUUAUCCGCGUCAAUCAAACCCCACCCACCCCCAUCCAAAACCUGCCAGUACACCCACGCCAUCGGCCUCAACCACCGCAUAUCCAGCAGCAAAUUACUCACCAACCUCUCCCCGGUAGCAUCCGCCUCCCCAUAUUCACUCUGCCAAAGCUUCUUCCCCGCCUUGUUCACCAUAUCAAACAGCACAUCCCUCCUUCCCUUUUCAUACUGAUACCCAUGCACAUUCACCCUCACCACUGCUCCCAUCACAGUCCUGUUGCCCUCGAAUUUCCUGAGUGUCUCAACCGCCUCGUCGUAAUGGCUCUCGUCCGAGGCGGAAAUAACCACCCCUUUCAACCCCCGAUUGUCCAGUUCCUGCCUUAGAUACCCCACCACGGCGAUCUGGGUGGAGGCGUCGAAGUGGCAGCCUUCUUGCGUGCCGGUCUUGCCGUUCCACCAGUUUGCUGACGGCUCGUUGAAUGGGUCUACUGAUGUGAAGCUCACUCCCCAGUUUUCUGCUGCGUAUUUCGCCACUGUGGCCAGGUAGACAGCAUGGUUUUGGUAGUUCCAUGAUUGGAGGUUGUCGGAUCUGCCGUCGUCGGAACCGGAGGGGUUGUGGUUUUUGCACAUCCACCAGAUUGGGGAGUUGGAGAAGAGCUCGAGGGUGGUGGCGCCGCGGGAGGAGGCUUUGAGGAGCAUGGAGCGUUGGUUUGGGUCGGCGG